AUGAUAAAGAAACGUUACAUUCACUUGACAGAAGAAAUGCUGAAAGAAAACCCAAACAUAUGUACUUAUGACGAACCAUCCCUCAAUGCACGUCAAGACAUAUUAGUUGGACAAUUACCAAAGCAAGGUGAAGAAGCUGCAUCAAAAGCCAUAAAAGAAUGGGGAAAACCAAAAUCAGAGAUAACUCAUCUCAUAUUCUGUACAACUUCAGGAGUUGACAUGCCUGGUGCUGAUUAUCAACUCAUCAAACUCUUAAACCUGAAUCCAUCUGUAAAACGAUUCAUGUUAUAUCACCAGGGAUGUUUUGUUGGUGGAACUGUUCUUCGUCUGGCCAAAGAUCUUGCUGAGAACAACGUUGGUGCACGUGUUCUCGUUGUUUGUUCUGAAAUAAUUGUUGAUACUUUCCGUGGUCCGAACGAGAAUCACAUAGAUUCUUUAGUUGGACAAGCACUCUUUGGUGACGGUGCUUCAUCUGUGAUAGUUGGAGCAAACCCUGAUACAACAAUUGAACGUCCACACUUGAUUUUUAUGGGUUAA